GCACAAGGGGCUACGCUCGCCCCACUGCGCCGGGACGUGGCGGAGAGGAAGCAAGCUCUGACCCGGUCCCGGGCUUAGUCUGCUGCUUCUCGGCCUACCCUUCGGAGCGGUGCCUCCAUCCUCGAGACCGGCAGCACCGCUUCUUUGGUGCCGCUGAGCUCGUUUCGGGACCCUCCGCCGCGCAGGCUUUUUGGAAAGGGAGGGUCCCAGUUUUGUCUUUGUGUUUCUCAUUCCGGUUGCUUUGCACUUUGUGCUAGGGGAAAUAGGCGGGUGUUUCCCACUCUCGGAAUUGGAGAAGCGUCCGGACUCUUGGGCGAGAGUGGGUUGGAGACUUCCUGCUGCCUCUCAGCUUCGGGCGGCUGCUGCCGUGGUCACCUCCUGUGGUUAUUGUCUCGUUGGCUUUUCGCGGACUAGUGGCUAGAGAAGAGAGUCGGAUAUAUAGUUUUCGAAGUUACAAGCGGAGCAUCUUUUCUACCUGAACGCAAAGCAUGCCCCGCCCUUCGGCCGUGGUCCUUUCGCAUCUUUUGGGAACGUAUACAGAUUUUUUAAGAUCAAGAUAUUUUCAUCGCAUAUUACGAGUAGCUUCAAACCUCACUUCUGUUGGCUUCGUUUUUUUGGCUUUAGUUUUAGUUUUAACACUUGGCUCUGAGUGCUUCAGACAGUUACAUCGCCAAGCAGGAGGAAAAGCUUUUUCUUUAGGAAUUGACUGAGAUGCGCCCAGUCUUCCAACACUACUUAGUUAUGUAAUUGCAUGCAGAUACUUGUAGGCUUGGAGAUAGAAUGAUGGAAUGGUAAACAAUAGGACUACGUCCUUGUCUUCGAGUUUACAUUCUGUCAAAGUAGACAGGCAGGUUGGUUUCCUCUUUAAAAGCUGCUUGCAGAUUGUGACAAUGAAUUACAAGGCACUAAUAGUUCUGGAUCCUUGGGUGGUCUUGAUGUUCGCAGAAGAAUUCCUAUAAAACUCAUCUCCAAACAAGCUAACAAAGCUAAGCCUGCGGCUCGCACUCCGAGGACAGUUAGCAGAAUGCCUGCAAAGGCCCCACAAGGUGAUGAAGAAGGAUUUGAUUAUAACGAAGAGCAGCGGUAUGACUGUAAAGGAGGCGAACUCUUUGGGAAUCAGCGAAGAUUUCCAGGACACCUUUUUUGGGAUUUCAAGAUAAACAUCUUAGGUGAAAAGGACGAUACACCAGUUCAUUUCUGUGACAAAUGUGGACUGCCUAUUAAAGUCUAUGGGAGAAUGAUUCCAUGCAAGCAUGUCUUUUGCUAUGACUGUGCUAUUUUACAUGAAAAAAAAGGAGAUAAGAUGUGCCCAGGAUGUAGUGAUCCUGUGCAGCGGAUCGAGCAGUGCACACGAGGUUCUCUCUUCAUGUGUAGCAUUGUUCAAGGUUGCAAGAGAACAUAUCUGUCUCAGAGGGACUUACAAGCUCAUAUCAACCAUCGCCAUAUGAGAGCUGGAAAGCCUGUUACCCGUGCUUCACUUGAGAAUGUUCAUCCUCCUAUUGCCCCACCACCAACUGAAAUCCCCGAUCGUUUCAUUAUGCCACCAGACAAGCAUCAUAUGAGCCAUAUUCCUCCAAAGCAGCACAUCAUGAUGCCACCACCUCCUUUGCAACAUGUGCCACAUGAGCACUAUAAUCAGCCACAUGAGGAUAUUCGUGCUCCUCCAGCAGAAUUGUCCAUGGCUCCACCUCCACCUCGUUCAGUCAGUCAGGAAACCUUUCGUAUUUCAACAAGAAAACACAGCAAUUUAAUAACUGUCCCUAUUCAGGAUGACUCAAGUUCAGGUGCUAGAGAACCACCACCUCCUGCCCCAGCACCUGCUCAUCAUCAUCCUGAAUAUCAGGGUCAACCAGUGGUAUCUCACCCUCAUCAUAUUAUGCCUCCACAGCAACAUUAUGCACCACCCCCACCUCCUCCACCACCAAUAAGCCAUCCAAUGCCACAUCCUCCCCAGGCUGCAGGUACUCCUCACUUGGUAUAUAGCCAAGCUCCACCUCCACCAAUGACCUCUGCUCCACCACCAAUAACCCCUCCCCCUGGACAUAUUAUUGCCCAGAUGCCACCUUAUAUGAAUCAUCCUCCUCCAGGACCCCCUCCACCUCAGCAUGGUGGUCCACCUGUAACUGCACCCCCUCCUCACCAUUACAAUCCUAACUCUUUGCCCCAGUUUACUGAAGAUCAAGGAACUCUGAGCCCUCCAUUUACACAACCAGGAGGAAUGAGUCCUGGUAUAUGGCCUGCACCAAGAGGGCCACCUCCACCUCCACGAAUGCAGGGCCCGCCUUCUCAAACCCCUCUACCUGGACCACAUCAUCCAGACCAAACAAGAUACAGACCGUAUUACCAGUGAUCAUAGUGUUCUGAACUGAAGAUAUGACAAGGAAGAAAAGAUUAAAUUAGUCAAUCUUAAUUGAGCUUUGACUGUGGAAGGAAAACUACCUCUUUUGAGGUAGCUAUAAAACACAAGUCUUGUCUCUUAAAAUGGUUUUACUCUGACUUUAGGAUUGCUUUCAAGUACUAUUCUGUAGUGCAGAUAAGUGGCUUGGUUGAGCACAAUUAUAACUUACGUUGGUGUGAUAAAUUUUCCCAAAAGCGACCAUUUGUAAAAAAUUGAAAAAAUUUCACUGUUCCACUUUGAGAAAUACUGCUUUUAUUAAACCCAAUGUUUAGUUUUUCUUGUGAUGCAUUUUGUUAACCUGUGAAAAGAAUUAAAUUUCAAAAUGGUUGUAAAAAUGCUAUUUUUAUGUGAAUUUAAGUGCAGCCAUAUCAUUUUUUUAACCCAUAUUUUACCACUAAUUUUCCAAAGUUAAAAUCCUAAAAGUAAAAAUCUACUAAAUGGUUAGCAGGCAGACUGUUAAAUGGUAGGGAUUAUUUCACAUUUCAGGCACUGAAAUUUCAAGGUGUAGUUGUAUAAUACAUCUCACUUGGAUGCCUUUUCAUGUUUGGACAGCCUCAGAAGCUCCAAAUUCUGUCAGCGUUUCUAACUGGUUGACUGGCAUGACUCCGGGUAUUCUCUAAUUUGGAAAACGACCUGCUCUGCAGGCUCUAAGCUGCUGCUGAGUGCUGUUUUCAUUGAUGCUUUUCCUGAGUGGUUAGGAUCACAUCUGUCACACUUCAAGAGCUUAAGUUAUAUUAUUUUAUAGGACUGUGUAAAUGGCGUUAAUUCAGAUGAAAUGUGUUCUCUGUUCACUGUCUUAACCUACAUAUUUGGAGCUGGCUAGGCUUAUUUAAAUCUGCAUUUUCUCAUAGUUUGGUUCUGUAUUUUAGUGCACAGUGUGUUCUUAUUUAUGGGAUUAUAAACUGCAGUUUGAAUGCUGUGGAGGAAACUGACUAAUGUUUUAGCAAACAGUGUUCCUUGUAAUCACAAGCUAGCAUUUACUCAGGUUUUGUGGCCAUGGUGAGUUUUUCCUCUACGUUGAAAUUUUAAAACUAUCAUUUCUUCUUUCUUUUCUUGGUAAAAGAGUCUAAAAUUGGGACAUUUUACUGUGGAAUCAAUAGUAAAGACAACCAGAUAAUUUUGAAUUGGACAGAAGAAAAGUAAUGAUUAGAUUGAAUUUCAGUGCCGUGUAAGGUGCCUUUAGAGUCAGUGUUUGCAUUAUAGGGGCUUGUGACAGUCCAUUGGAGAUGACCACUCAGUUUAUACGUGUCUCCUAUGUAUAAGUCAGCAUUCUUAGGAUGUUACUAUAUAUAUCCUUUGAAUUGACUGAACUCUUUUCUUCCCCUUUAAAAUGGUGCAUAAUAUAAACAUGGUGUGUAGUGUGCAGAUAGCAUCUGUUAGAUAGUUUGUAGUAUAUAAAUUUAGAACAUUGGUUUUGACAAGGGGUAUACUGAUUACUAAUUCACCAUUUUAUUCUGUCAGGUACAGGAAAACAUUCUCAUGUUGGAUGAUCAGAUGCAAAAUCAUUUCUGAACUUUCAGAAGAAAUAAUAUAAAUGGCCAUUCAUCCUUGGCUGGCCAAAAAUAACUAAUGCAGUUUUUUUCUUGAGCAAAUAUUUUUUUUUCACAUGUAGCGUUUUGAGAAUCUGGUUUGCUCAUGCACUAUUUCUAGUGAGAAAUUCUUGUUAUUAGAAGCAUGGGAGUGAAAUAGUGUGUGGCGUGAUGAGUGCUUCUGUCCUUACUGUAGGUACUUGGACUGGUGCAAACUUGAUUCUUUUUCAUGCCCCCUGGUUAGGAGCUAUUAAAACAUUACUGUUAAAGUCCAAAUAAACCUUUAUUUCAUGUAAUUAGAAAAUAGCCAGGUUCAUGUAAGAACUCGUUACCUGUUUAUGAGAAGCUCUUUUCUUGAGAUUUACUGGGGUUGGGUGUGGUAAGAAACCACUUAGCCUGUAUUUUGGACCAAAAAAUCAGUAUCAUGAAAAAAAAAUCCCACAUUAUGAGAAUCCUUGUAGGCUUUAAAAAACAAUUUAAAAAACAUUAUGCUGGGAAGCAGGCGAGAUGAAUGUUUUGUAAUAGAAUUUUAAAUGUUAGACUUGAAUUCAUCAGUUAAUUGUUUGAGUGAGGGUGGGUGGGUAGACAGAUAACAAGAUUAUUAUUAAGUGUUUAUGUUCUUAAGGAAAAAGAUGUGAAUCCCAGCACAUUUCAGGGAAGCCUUCGAAGCUGUCUAUGAUGGACAUAAGUCUAAAUGUAUGUAUGUUUCAUUAAUUGCUCUUAAGACUACUGAGGUGGCAGUUUAACUCUUAAAAACAAUAAAAUGGAAACAUAAAUACUA